AUGGCAGCGCCCAGCGGAGCCACGUGCGCCCCCACCCCGGCGCCCCCCGUGCGGGGCGCGGCGCCCCCCAGCCCUCCCCUCCCAGGGCCGAGCCCGCCCGCCCGCGCCCGCCGGGCCAGGCCCCCGGCCGCCCUUACCUCUCUUGAAGAGAUUUAUCUCUUCUCCCUUCCAAUCAAGGAAUCAGAAAUCAUCGACUUCUUUCUGGUAUCUUCCCUGAAGGAUGAGGUUCUGAAAAUCAUGCCUGUCCAGAAACAGACUCGUGCUGGUCAACGUACCAGGUUCAAGGCUUUUGUUGCUACUGGUGACUACAAUGGUCAUGUUGGCCUUGGUGUAAAGUGCUCCAAGGAAGUAGCCACUGCUAUUCGUGGGGCAAUCAUCUUGGCUAAACUAUCCAUCAUACCAGUACGACGAGGCUACUGGGGUAACAAGAUUGGCAAGCCUCAUACUGUACCUUGCAAGGUUACUGGUCGUUGUGGAUCUGUUCUGGUGCGUCUGAUCCCAGCACCCCGUGGUACAGGAAUUGUAUCUGCCCCUGUUCCAAAGAAACUGCUGAUGAUGGCUGGAAUUGAUGACUGCUAUACUUCAGCUAGGGGUUGUACUGCUACACUGGGCAACUUUGCUAAAGCCACCUUUGAUGCGAUCUCCAAGACCUACAGUUAUCUGACCCCUGACCUCUGGAAGGAGACUGUGUUCACCAAGUCUCCAUAUCAGGAAUUCACUGAUCAUCUGGCUAAGACCCACACCAGAGUUUCAGUGCAGAGAACCCAGGCGGCUGCUGUGGCAACUACCUAAAUGUUUUUGUACAAA